AACUUGGUUAAACUUCUGCUGCACUUCAGUUCAAAGUCUUGUGAAGUAUUUCCACUUUUAAAUCAUCAUCACCACUCAAGGAUCUCAUCGCCUCUCUCUUUUUUAUGUCAACUUAUCGGUGAUGAGUGUCACUGCAGUCCUGUCUGUGAACAUGGUGACAGCCAGCAUGUUACUGAGUGUCUUCUUUGUUUCAGGUGCUUUGGCUGCUUGUCCUGAGGGUUCAGACCUCUUCAUAACUGCACCAAAGAAGAUGGAAGCACUGAGUGGAUCUUGUUUGCUAAUCCCAUGUACCUUUAGAGCUAAAUCAGAACAAGAGUUUGACAACAGCAGAGAAACUUUUGGAGUGUGGAUUAAAAGUGACCAUAGAUUUGGCAUCAAUCCAAAUAAUGUGAUUUUCAACAGUAGAAAGACAGAUAACAUCUAUCCAAUGAGAAUUACUGGAAACCUGAGAGAGAAAAACUGCACCACUUUAUUUUCCAAUUUAAUCACAAGUUAUACAGACACAUACUACUUUAGAGUUGAGAACUGGCCUUUCAGAGCAACAGCUAUAUGUGAUCCUCUUCAAAUAACAGUUCAAGAUUCUCCUCCGAGCCCCAGAAUUGAGAUCUCAGGUGAUCUGAAGGAGAAGGAGUCUGUCAGUAUAACCUGCUCAGCUUUCACUCCCUGUCCACACUCCCCUCCUAAACUCACCUGGAAUCUCCAACAAGACUCUCACAACAAAAUCCAGGAAAACACAGAUGGGACCUUUACAACUAAAAUCCAGAAGACCAUCACUCUGUCAGACCAACAUGAUGGAUACAACAUCACCUGUUCUGUCACAUAUCCUGUGAAUGAAGGAAAACAUGUCAAGACAGCAGAGCAGAGAAAGACUCUCAGUGUUUCAUAUGCUCCUAAAGACACCUCAGUGUCCAUCAGUCCAUCAGGUUUGGUGUCAGCAGGUAGCUGGGUGAACCUGACCUGCUCCAGCAGAGCCAAGCCUCCCGUCAGCCGCUUCACCUGGUUCAAGAUCAGCAAAGAUGGAUCCAUGACUGUAUCUGAAGGACCGUUUUACAGCGUUAGUGUGACAGAUAAAGAAGAUUAUUACUGUGUGGCCACAAAUGAUCUUGGAAACCAAACAUCAUCAGUGAUUCAUCUGAGAGAAGGUGCUUUGACUGAUUGUCCUAAGGAUCCAGGCCUCUUCAUUACUGCACCACAGAAGAUGGAAGCACUGAGUGGAUCUUGUUUGCUAAUCCCAUGUACCUUUAGAGCUAAAAAAGAACAAGUGUUUGACAACAGAGAAAUCUUUGGAGUGUGGAUUAAAAGUGACUCUAGAUUUAGCAUCAAUCCAAAUAAUGUGAUUUUCAACAGCAGAAGGACAGAUAACAUCUAUCCAAUGAGAUUUACUGGAAACCUGAGAGAGAAAAACUGCACCACUUUAUUUUCCAAUUUAACCACAAGUUAUACAGACACAUACUACUUUAGAGUUGAGAACAAACCACUCAAGGCAACAGCUUCUUGUAAUCCUCUUAAAAUAACAGUUCAAGAUUCUCCUCCCAGCCCCAGAAUUGAGAUCUCAGGUGAUCUGAAGGAGAAGGAGUCUGUCAGUAUAACCUGCUCAGCUUUCACUCCCUGUCCACACUCCCCUCCUAAACUCACCUGGAAUCUCCAACAAGACUCUCACAACAAAAUCCAGGAAAACACAGAUGGGACCUUUACAACUAAAAUCCAGAAGACCAUCACUCUGUCAGACCAACAUGAUGGAUACAACAUCACCUGUUCUGUCACAUAUCCUGUGAAUGAAGGGAAACAUGUCAAGACAGCAGAGCAGAGAAAGACUCUCAGUGUUUCAUGUAAGACAACCAGAGUUUGUUAUUGGAUCCUGUCAGUGUACUGUGUGGCCACAAAUGAUCUUGGUAACCAAACAUCAUCAGUGAUUCAUCUGGGUAAAGAUAAACUUGAACUUGAAGAGGAAAAUUCAGAACUACACAGCAUCAAUUAUCCAGAGUUUGGUGUGUCUGUCUGCGUCACAGUGAAGAUCCUGGGAAUCGUUUUGCUCUGCUGUACACUCAUCAUCUUUGAGUGCUGCUUUCAAACGAGAUGCUGCAACAAACCAGAGAAGGAUGCAGUCGAAGCAGACGAUGUCAACAGAGUGAUUGAGAUUCAAGCAUCAUGAAGGAGAAGAGGAAGACGUCAUGUUCACCAUUAAUGUAAUAAUUCUUGAUUUCUUAAAUAUUAAAUUACUUUGCAGAAGAUUGGUAAGACAAACAGAGGAUGGAGUGCAAACAGGACAGAUGUUUGUUUUAAUGGAAGAUAACAAAUAUAAUAUACUGCAGCUUCAUCAUUACUUGACUUGAUUUGUGGCAUUUUUAUGUUGAUCCUUUGUCUUUGCUUUAAUGCUCUUUUCUUUGUAUGUAAAAUAUUCAUUUCCGAAAGAGAAAAAAAGGACAAUUGAAAUGAGACAUUUCAGACGAUAAAAGAAGCAGAAAGUGUGAAGAAUUUUUAUUCUUAUUUUUAAUCUCAUCAUGGUCUGAUCUGUAUUUGUCAAACUUUUAAGGGAUGAGAGUGUUUGUCACUAAUUCUGCAGAUGUAACAAUUUAAAUGAGAAAUAAUGAUCUGUUAGUCAGUUUUUGAAGAUUUGAGAGUUGGAUGAUUGUUAACGUAGAUCAAGCUGUGCUUUUUUAACACAAUAAGUUUCCCUGUGCUGCAGCAAUGACUUUAAUAAAAUUUGAACUUCUGGCA